CCCGCCUUGGGUCCCGUCCCGCCCAGAAUUAAAGACGCAGUACUGCUUAGCAGAUAUCGUGUUGGAAAGAACGGAUAAUGCUGUUAAAAAACGGUAUAUGGGUGUACAUCCGGAUCAGUCGGUACUGGAUUAUUUAGAGAUCCACCCACCUCACAUGCGGCCCUGAACGAGCUGACCUGGGGCGUUUGCGUGCCAGCCUCCUGCGGCCCCGGCUCCGUUGAGCGAGUGAUGAGAAUCUUGCUCGCGCGCAGCCAUCUUGGAAUAGCGGGGAUCCGGCCGAUGAUCACAACAGGGACGUGUCAGAAGCAGGGACAGGAGAGGCCUUAUGAUGCUGUGUUUUGGGCAUUCAUAGCUGUUGUGGUUGCCCUAAUUUUUACAUCAUUGCUCUGCACCUAUCUUAACAGUGGAAGAUUCCAGUCUGAGCCAAAAACACUAAAAGAUGACGUCAUAGAAGCAUUCUGCCUCAGGGAGAACGCAAAUAAUCUUCUGAAAAUGCACAAGGAUGGCAUCGAAGUGUUCUACGGCAUUAGAUUCUUGGGUCUGUGCGGGAUUGUCAUUGUGCAUGAAAUAGGCAUAUUUAAUUCAGGGGCUGUGAGUAAUGGGAAGCAAGUCGAUCAGACAGCUCCCGGUCCCAUAGGCUGGAUCAUCUUCCACGAUGACCUGUUUGUCGACACGUUUUUCCUGCUCUCCGGGUUCCUGACAGCGACGACCUUCAGCCAGAUGAAGAGGUUCCCCAACCCGCUGUUCGGCAUUUUGAAGAGAUAUGUCAGGCUGGUACCAGCGUUUGCCAUAGUGGUAUUCUUCGUCAGCGCAGUAUUCCCAUACAUGGGUUCAGGACCGAUGUGGCCGAAGGUCGUUGACCUCGAAACUGCCUACUGCCGCAAGAAUUGGUGGCUGAGUCUGCUCAUGUUGAAUAACUACAUCGAUAGUGAGCACAUCUGUAUCGUGGCCUCGUGGUACAUCCCCUGCGACUUUCACUUCUCCUGUGCCGCCAUCAUCCUAUACUGGCUGUACAUGCGUCAGCCAAAGCUCGGCCUAGUCUGCGCCGGCGCCGUCUCAGUCGCGUCAAUCUUGGUGCCCGGCGUGUUGACUUACAUGUACAACUGGAACCCUAUUCAAUUGUUCACCUACGAGUUUGUCGCAGACCCACGAGGCAGCCCGGACUUUCACCACAUGUACAUCAAGAGUCACCAUCGCGCAGCCGCCUACAUCGUCGGCUUCUUCAGCGGAUUCAUCUUUAUUAGGAACAAGAGAGAGAAUGCUAUGAGGAUCUCAAAGAAAUGGGCUAUACUCGGUACUGUAACCGGCCUCGUCAUCAUGUUUGCUAUGCUCGUCACCGGGACUACUUUCCUGUGGCGGGACUACCACCCAAUAGAGGGCGCUGUUUACGCGGCGAUUAACCGACCCCUCUGGGCGGCAGGAGCCGCUAUGCUGGUGCUAUGUUGCUCUUUGGGAUACGUCCCUCUUAUAAAAGCCGGCCUAAGUUGGUACGUGUGGGUGCCGCUGAGCAGGUUGGCUUACGGGGUCUAUUUGACCCACACCCUCAUCUACAUAAGAAGCGUGUUCGUCGCUCGAAACUCUCAGCACUACGAUUAUGGCGACAUAUUCACUGCGGCUGCGGGUGUCAUAUUCUGGAGCUGCAUAGCCGCUUUUGUCAUCUGGUUGAUAGUUGAGGCGCCUGCCAUUCGGUUGUUUGACGUCUUUAUCAAACGGGUGCUCAUGAAAAACACGAGGGAAAGAAAAACAGAAGAAAAGUCGGCCACGCAAGAAUCGAGUAUCAACAGUAGUCCAGGCACCAGUUCGGGGCAUUUACACGACAACUUGCCUACUAAUGUACAGUUUUCGUCUAAAGUGUAGACAUAUUUUGGACAAAACUAUUUACUACAGCUUGGCAAAAAAGUAGAAAAGGAACUUUUUUUUUAACAUAGUAACACUUAUACUGGGCGUGUGGUCUAGUGGUGAAGACGUUAACCGCGUAAGC